CAUCCACUUGGGAUUCUUCCCCUAUAUUAACCCACCACCAUCAUCAUCAUCAACAACAUAACAAACACGUACUCAAACACCUUCCUGUAACACAUAGUAAACCCUAAUUAGUUUCUUUACCUUUUCAUUAAUAUUUCCACUAUGACCGACGGCAAAGAAUCUUCCCUUUCCGCCAUGGAGAAAGGCAAUCUUGCAUUGAGUAUCUCCACAAAUCCUAAAGUCCAUUUAGCACAAAAGUUUUUAGCAGAACUCGUAGGCACAUAUUGUGUUGUCUUUGCUGGUUGUGGAUCGGUGGCUGUUAACAAGCUUUACGGUGGCACUGUAACUUUUCCGGGAGUGUGUGUCACUUGGGGCUUAAUAGUUAUGGCCAUGAUAUACGCUGUUGGCCAUGUCUCCGGCGCACAUUUUAAUCCUGCUGUCACCAUUACUCUAUCUCUUCUAGGAUUGUGUCCAUAUAAAGAGGUGGGUUUUUAUAUAGUGUCACAACUUUUGGGAUCAAUCCUUGCAAGUGGAACGUUGAGGUUGAUUAUGAACAUUACUUCGGACGCAUUUUUUGGAACCAUACCCGCGGGUUCAGCUGCACAAUCAUUUGUUGUUGAAAUCGUCAUUACGUUUAUCUUAAUGUUUGUUAUCUCGGGUGCUUCUAAUGAUGAUCGAGCGAUAAAAAAGCAUGGAGGGAUUGCAGUUGGAAUGACAAUUAUGUUAAAUGUCUUCGUGGGAGGGCCGAUUUCUGGAGCAUCGAUGAAUCCGGCAAGAAGCCUCGGACCGGCCAUUGUGUUGUGGAAGUUCACUGGAAUUUGGGCGUAUAUCUUUGGUCCGAUCAUCGGAGCAAUGAUCGGAGGAUUUGUUUAUAAGUUGUUAACUCCGACGGACAAAUCUUUUAGCAAUAUUGUGAAAAUGAGUAGGUUAUCAUUCAGAGGCUGAAAUUAGUUUAGUAUGUUAAAUCGUGGUUUUUCA